AUGGUGAAUGUGUUCGCUGUGCCAGUGUUCUUCAUCCUCUUUCGAGAGACAGUCGAGACAGUCAUCAUCGUCUCAGUAUUGUUGUCCUUCCUGAAACAGCAGCUUGGCCCAGAUCAGGACCCGACCGUGUACAAAAGACUGCGAAAACAGGUAUGGGCUGGAACUGGCGCUGGCCUCGUCAUCUGCCUUAUCAUCGGCUGUGGUCUCAUCGGUGCUUUCUAUGGCUUGGGCACUGAUGCCUGGGGUAAGACUGAAAAGAUCUGGGAGGGCGUCUUCUCGAUGGUCGCUUCUAUUGUCAUCACGGUCAUGGGUGCAGCCCUCCUUCGAGUUUCGAAGCUUCAGGACAAAUGGCGUGUAAAGCUUGCAAAGGCACUCGAUACAAAAGGAAGUGGUUCUGCCAAGUUUGGAGAAAAAGCAAGGAUCUGGGCUGAGAAAUAUGCCAUGUUCAUGCUGCCUUUCAUUACGGUACUGAGAGAGGGUCUCGAAGCUGUUGUGUUUAUUGGUGGUGUAAGUCUUGGCCUGCCUGCCACAUCCAUUCCUUUGGCAGUCAUCUGUGGUCUUUUAGCCGGAUGUUUGAUCGGAUACGGCAUCUAUCGAGGAGGCAAUGCUGCUCCCUUGCAGAUCUUCCUCAUCGUCAGCACAUGCUUCUUGUACUUGGUCGCUGCCGGUCUGUUCUCGCGCUCGGUCUGGUACUUUGAGCAGAACACAUGGAACAAGCUGACUGGUGGUGACGCCUCGGAAAAUGGUAGUGGCCCUGGCUCAUACGACAUCCGUCAAAGUGUUUGGCAUGUCAACUGCUGUAGUCCUGAUCUGAAUGGAGGAGGUGGCUGGGGCAUCUUCAAUGCUCUUCUCGGUUGGCAGAACAGUGCCACAUAUGGUAGCGUCAUCGCCUACAAUCUAUACUGGAUCGUGGUCAUUACAGGAUUCGUCUUGUUGAGAUUUAAGGAGAAGAGAGGUCGAUGGCCAUUGAUGAAGGCAAGAAAAGAAGCUACACGGUCAGUCUCCGAGUCCAAGACUGGUCGUGACGAUAGCUCAACCGAUGAUAUGAGCGAGAAGCACACAGCUCAAGUCCGUGUGCAGAGUGCAAGGGACAUCAGUCCAGCAUAA